AUGAAAAUAAAAAAUUCAGCAGCCAUAUCCAAGUUCUAUCGACCAUCCGGGUUGGGAAGUAUAUUGUGGCACGAACUCGAACUUUGUUACGGCUUCGUGAGGCGAGAUCUUGGGACUGGUCUAUUGCCUGUGCCGGCGUUUACACUGGCUUCGUUACUGUAUCGAAAGGCUUCCACUGAAGAGAUCUAUAGCGUGAUACCAUAUGCCUUUAUAUACGGCUUCUUAUAUCUAUACACGUUCGUAGUCGCCAACCAAAUCGACGGUGUUAACGAAGACAAAGUUAACAAACCCGAUCGCCCCAUCGUCAGCGGAGCCACAACCCUCCAAGCCGCCAAAAUCCGAUGGGUGAUCUUGACUCUAUUGUAUCUCGCAUAUAGUUUCCACCUGGGAGUCGAAAAACCCACGAUCUUAUGGAUCUUAACAACUGUUGCGCAUAAUUUCCUGGGAUUUGCGAACUUCGGCCCAACAAAAGAUGGAUGUAUGGGUGCAGGAUGUAUUGCGCAGUUGACGGCUGCAUGGGCAAUUGGUGGCUCACCACCGGAAAUGGGAUGGAGGUGGAUCAAGUAUAUCACCCUGUACAUGUCGUGGCCGAUUCCGUUGCAGGAUUUGAGAGACGUGCCUGGGGAUAGGGCUGUGGGGAGAUUGACGACGCCGAUUUUGCUGGGUGAUACUAUCUGUGAGCUUUCAUCUCCGGCCAAGGGUACCGUUAUGUAA